AUGAAACCCAUAAAUUCCAUCCUCCCCCUUGCAAUCAGCUCUCUCAGCACCCUCGCCGCUCCCAACGACGCCAGCCGAGACGAGCUCACUGCCAAGUCCGAGGACCAUAGGGGAGAUCCUCCCUUGGAGGAGAAGGACAAGAGAGGCACUGCUCAGUGGAGAAUUGGGCCCUGUAAACUUGGUGGCGGCGGCAGAAACUGCACCCAGGAAUGCCUCGCCUCAGCAAGGGCCGACUGCACUGAUACUAAGGGGAGUCUGGGUUGGCUGGGGUGUUCGACUCAGCGGAGCGAAGUCUUCCAGUGCUGGUGUUCUCGCACGGUCUGA